CCAUAAAGCAUAUAUGGAGUCCUCCUUCUUCUUCCUCAUCUCCAUUGUUAUUUCCUUAGGCUUCUUCUUCACCAUUCAAACUAAUGUCUUAGCUUCUUCAAACUCAAACAAUCCAUUCCCCAAAGAAGCUCACCCCACCAAAUCUGGUUACCUUCCAGUAACUACCACUUCUUCUUCUGCAAUCUUCUAUGCAUUCUACGAAGCUCAGAACUCAACCUUACCUCUCUCCGAAACCCCACUUCUCAUUUGGCUCCAGGGUGGCCCUGGCUGCUCCUCCAUGUUAGGCAACCUCUAUGAGGUUGGACCAUGGACUUUCUCCGACAAGUCCCUCACUUUCCGACCCAACUCCGGUGCAUGGAACAGACUCUUUGGCCUUCUUUUUCUCGAUAACCCCAUUGGUACUGGUUUUAGUGUGGCGUCAUCAUUAACCGAGAUCCCGACGGAUCAAAAUGGUGUUGCAAAACACCUCUUUUCUGCUAUAACAACGUUUCUUCAGCUUCAUCCUGUUUUCAAACAUCGCCCCAUUUACAUUACGGGAGAAAGCUAUGGUGGCAAGUAUAUUGCUUCAAUAGGGUACCAUAUAUUGAAGGAGAAUGCAAGGUUGACUGACUCUGAGAAAUUGAAUUUGGCUGGUGUUGCUAUUGGUGAUGGAGCAACAGAUCCAACGACUCAAAUUCUGACUCAUGCUAACACUGCUUAUCAUGUUGGUUUGAUCAAUGAGAGGCAGAAGAACGAGUUGGAGAAGAUUCAGAUUGAAGCAGUUAAUUUGGUACAGAUACGGAAUUGGAGUGAAGCAACGGAUGCACAAACCAAAACCUUCACGAAGCUUCAAGAAAUGGCAGGGUUGGCUACUUUGUAUGAUUACUCAAGGAAAGAUCAUCCGUACCGCUAUGAAGAUUGGAUUACUCAGUUCUUGAACUUGGCUGAGGUGAAGAAGACACUGGGAGUGAACGAAUCGAUAAUGUGGGAGUUACAUGACGGUGAUGUUAAAGCUUCAUUGUAUGCUGAUUUGAUGAAGAGUGUGAAGUUCAUGGUGGAGGAGUUGUUGAGAAGCAACACUAUUAGGGUGUUGUUGUAUCAAGGUCAACUUGAUUUGCUUGAUGGUCCUGUGCAAGUUGCGGCAUGGGUGAAGACUAUGAACUGGGAAGGGAUUGUGGAGUAUGUGAAUGCAGACAGGAAGAUAUGGAAGGUGAAUGGAGAGCUUGCUGGCUAUGUCCAACAAUGGAAGUCACUCACCAAUGUUGUUGUCUUGGGUGGUGGCCAUUUUGUCCCUGCUGACCAGCCCCUCAAUGCUCAAGCAAUGAUUGAAGAAUGGGUCUUGCAAAAGGGUAUAUUUGCAAAUUCAUCUUCUUUUGCUUACUUGUGAAAGUGAAAGUGACUAAUAAAUGAGUACUAUACUGUAGUAUUCAUUGGGUAAAUUAAUGUGACUAUGACUUGUGAUUUCUUCCUUUCAAUAAAAUGGCAAACGAACCAACUUAGAUUGGUAGA